UCUGACGUUUUUUAAAGCGACACCAACCGCUUCAGUGGCAGCAGCCUCGUUCUCGCCAGACGUCCGAGUGUUUAGCGUUAUUUCAGCUAAACUACAAAACCAACAUUAAAUCGCCACAGACGCCUACCGUCAGUUAGACAUGGCCAGUACAGAGGGAAGUAAACUCUGGGGAGGUCGAUUUGUUGGAGACACCGAUCCUAUUAUGGAGAAGUUCAAUGCCUCAAUCGCUUAUGACCAGAGGAUGUGGGAUGCAGACAUCCGUGGGAGCAAGGCUUAUGUUAAAGCUCUGGAGAGGGCAAAGCUUGUCAGCACGGACGAAAUGGAGCAAAUCUUACACGGGAUGGCUCAGAUUUCUGAUGAGUGGUCUAGAGGUGUUUUUGUCAUCAAACCCGGAGAUGAAGAUAUUCAUACUGCCAAUGAGCGCAGACUAAAGGAGCUGAUUGGUGCACCUGCAGGGAAGCUGCACACAGGCAGGAGCAGGAAUGACCAGGUGGUGACUGACAUGAGGUUGUGGCUGCGAAGCGCAAUCUCAACCCUUGCGGACAACGCGCUUCAGUUGAUAACUACCAUGGUGGAGCGGGCGGCAGCAGAAAUUGAAGUCCUUUUUCCUGGUUACACCCACAUGCAGAGGGCACAGCCAAUCAGAUGGAGCCACUGGAUUCUGAGCCACGCUGUUGCCCUCAGCAGAGAUGUGGAGCGGCUUCAGGAGCUCAAGAAAAGAGUUAACGUUUUACCUCUCGGCAGUGGCGCCAUCGCUGGGACUCCAUUCGACAUCGACAGAGAGCUCCUGCAGAGAGGUCAGGCCAAUUGGCUUUUUGUUACCAAUUUAUGUUUGAAUCAUUAUUUUCUCUGUGGUUGUGUCCAUUUAACACUGAUCUCUUUGCUAUGACCUACUCUAUUUUAUGCUGCAUUUUCAUUGCCCUUCAUGUAUAUUUGUGUGUCUGUGUGUAGCACCGGCAGCAGUCUGAUGCCCCAGAAAAAAAAUGCUGACAGUUUGGAGCUGAUCAGGAGUAAAGCAGGUCGUGCCUUUGGCAGGUGUGCAGGCUUCAUGAUGACGCUGAAGAGCCUACCGAGCACGUACAACAAGGACCUACAGGAGGAUAAGGAGGCCAUGUUUGACUGCUAUGAUAAUGUUCAGGCUGUGCUGCAGGUGACCACUGGAGUCAUGUCAACUCUGAAGAUCAAUCAGACUGUGAUGGAAGCUGCUCUCAGUCCUGACAUGCUGGCUACUGAUCUGGCCUACUACCUUGUGAGGAAGGGGGUCCCAUUCAGAGAGGCCCAUGGUCUCUCUGGCAAAGCUGUGUUUACAGCUGAAUCCAAAAACAUUGCCCUGAAUCAGCUCACUGUGGAAGAUCUCACUGCUAUAAGCCCUCUGUUUGGAAAUGACGUGUCGUCAGUGUGGGACUACAGGAGCAGUGUGGAGCAGUACAGCGCCCCUGGAGGCACAGCUAAGAGUAGCGUCGCUGCACAGGUGGAGCAUCUGAGGAACUGGCUGAAGAAACACGCACAGUGACCUCUCUGUGUCACUCGGUGUAACCUUUAGAAUCAGAUUUGCAGAGCGAGGUUGAAGUGAAAUCUUUAUACUUUGAGAACCACAUUGCCUCCCAAACAUUUAAUUCUUCUCUCUUUAAUAUGGAGUGCCUUUUCCAUCCUGUGCAAACAUGUGAUGUUUGUCAUUGAUUGUGUACAAACUGGAAACUGACCAGUUUUAAAUACCUGAAAAGAAAAUAAAUAGUGCCAUGACA